CCGCGUCCGCGCAGCCGGGCUCCACCCGGAGCGCGAGCGCCGAGGCGCCGCUACCCCGCAAACCGGGAAGCGUGGGAGCCGACGCGAGGGCUCCCCGCUAACCCUUCCGGCUUCCUCGAGCGCCGCGCGCACUCCGGUUCCGUCACCGCGCGGGCCCGGCCCCGGGUGUGUCCCGGCGCGCGGCCGGAGGCGGCCGAUGAGGAGACUGAGGCACAGAGAUGAAGCACCUUCCAUGACGUUACAGAUCUUCAGGAAGGUUGUGGCAGCCGGGGUGCUCCGCCGGUCACUCGGCACGGGUCAGCGUCCCGGGAGAGGGCCUUGCCGCUCUUCCCUUACGAGCCAGUCAGGAAUCCCAGCAUGUGAACUGCACGUGGUCGGAGGGAGGAGGGAGGACAGCGGCGGAGGCUGGAUCUUCAGUGACCGAAAAGCCCUGUCUAGAAGAAACCCUGUAAAUGCAAUGAAUGUGGCAAAGCCUUCAGUUACCAGUCGGACCUUAUGGUCCACAGUAGAACUCAUGGUGGAGAAAAGCCUUUUGAAUGCCACGAGUGUGGGAAAACCUUCAGCCGAAGCACACACCUUCUCGAACAUCAGAGAACUCACACUGGAGAGAAGCCGUAUGAAUGCGGUGAGUGUGGAAAGGCUUUCAGCCGGAGUACUCACCUUAGUCUACACCGGAGGAUCCACACGGGAGAGAAACCGUAUGAAUGCGGUGCGUGCGGGAAAGCCUUUAGCCGAAGCACUAACCUCAGUCAGCAUCAGCGAACUCACACCCAAGAAAGACCUUACAAAUGUAACGAGUGUGGGAAAGCCUUCGGUGACCGGUCAACCGUAAUUCAGCAUCAGCGCAUACACACCGGCGAGAACCCGUACGCGUGUCGCGAGUGCGGGAGAGCUUUCAGCUGGAUCUCCUCCCUCGUUGAGCACCAGAGGACGCACACCGGGGACAGCCCCUACGCGUGCAGCGGCUGCGGGAAGGUGUUCAGCAGAAGCUCGUCCCUUAGCGAACACCAGAGGAUCCACACCGGAGAAAAGCCCCAUGAGUGUGGAGAGUGCGGGAAGGGCUUCGGUCGGAGCUCCUCCCUCAUCAUUCACCAGAGAACUCACACGAGAGAGAAGCCGUACAAGUGUAACGACUGUGGGAAAGCCUUCAGUCAGAGUUCAACUCUCAUCAGACAUCAGCAGCUUCACGCGAAAGGGUAGUAUCUGAGCUCUCGUUGACGGCAGCAUAAGAGCACACAGCGUGACUUCCUGUCGCUACACGUCUUGGAAGUCCCCCCCUCUACUAGCUGGCCAGAAGCCAAUUUCAAGUUAGCCUUCCUGCCUGCCUUCCUUGAUGCUCAAAGGACUGAUCAAGACAAGGGGAUGACUUUCAGAAGCCAACACGUUCCAUCCCCUAUUCUGGAGGACUCCAGACUUAGAGUAUAGACCUCCUACCUGACACCUUGUAUUUGCUCACUUUAUCUGUUCCGCAGGGCUUGGCUCCCUGAACAGUCAGUGGACCUUCUGUUUCCCGACCAUGUCAGCCCCUUUACUUAAGAGGAAAUCCUGUGUGUGUGUGUGUGUGUGUGUGUGUGUGUGUGUGCGCGCGCGCGUGUGUGUGUAUGAGAGAGAGAGAGACAGAGAGAGAGAGAGAGAUGCUGACUCUAGUCACAGAAGAGAAGGAGCUGGCUUCAGAACAGGACAAAACACUCCCACCGGUUUGGUGAUCAUAGCGUUGAGGCAAAUUCAGUCCCUCAUCUUACAAGGACAGAUUUUUCUCUUAAACCUUUUUUGCUGUAGCGUAUUUUCCUCAAAGUAUAAACCAUGGUUCUACUAAUGUGCUUAAUUAAUCCUAGUAGUAUUUUAUCUCUUCCUUACCAAGAAUGUCCUGACACUUAACGUUUAAUUUUUCCAUUAUUUAGAAAAAAUGGUGCCCUAGUUUUUAAAUUUUUCUUUUGUUUACAGACUUCAUGAAGCUUCGGCCCUCUGGCCCUAAUGCUCACUCAUCCUGUAGAGCUGAUCUCUCAAGGACAAAUUCAGUGCCUAUUUCUUAGUCUUUUUCCUACUUGACAUUUGCAGAAUUGGCACUUUUGGCCACUCUUAGGGCCUUAACAUUUGGGCUUCUGCUGGGAUCCAUGAUUGUGUGCUGAUCCACACUUUCCCUACCUCCCAACAUUCUCUGAUUAACAGUGAUCAGCUCUAUAACUUUGGGCAAGAAUUAGACCAGAAUAGUCUCAUUUUAUUGGGCCAUAAUACUUGAGGUUAUUCAAUGAGGUUGUAAGCUUCUUGAAGACACAAACCUUUCUUUAGAUCCCUUUAAAGCAUCCAAAGUGCCGAGCAGUCCCUAAAUGCCCUGUGAUUAUUGCCCGCCUUAUCCCAGGUAAUCAGUUGGCUAGGGUUUAUCUGAAAUGGCGUACGAGUUGAUUUCUCUCUCUGUUCUUAACUGCUGCUGCCGGGGCCUCAGGAGUUUGGGCCCAGAUUGUGAGAGUAAACACCAUUGCCCUUGUCUCCCUCUCUCCAACUCGAUGCCUGACUAAACAAUCACCUUGUCUGAAGAGUCCACAGUUCUCAUUGUCCCUGGGAAAAAGGUCAAACUGUAACUUCAAGGCCUUCCACAGUUAGGUCCAUUUCCUUAUUUUCCAUUACUGCCCGGUGUCCGUGGGCAGACCUGUCCUUUGUCUCUACCACACCCUCUGUUCACACUUGGCUUCUUUUCAAACUAUUCUGUGGCACCCUUUUACACUUCCUGCUUUCUUCCUUGUGUCUCCGGAAAUCCUAUCCACACUCAAGUCUGCCCCCACUGACACUUCUAGUUCCCCACCUGAGAAGUCCUUUGCAGAAGGGGCGCCUGGGUGGCUCAGUCGGUUGAGUGUCUGACUUCGGCUCAGGUCAUGAUCUCGUGGUUGGUGAGAUUGAGAUCCGUGUCCGGCUCUGUGCUGACAGCUCAGAGUCUGAAGUCUGCUUCAGAUUCUGUGUCUCUCUCUCUCUCUGCCCCUCCCCCACUCACACUCUCUCUCAAAAAUAAACAUUAAAAAAGAAGUCCUUUGCAGUGAUGGUUUGCGUGUAUUUUCCUACAUUACACACUUUCUUAUUCUGUUCUCAGAUCCUUUCAGGUGUUUUUUUUUCCAUAAGCUUUUGAAGUUAGAAAUUGUCUUAAAUCUCUUCGAAGCCCCAUCUAACACAUGGUACAAUGCAGGUCUGCACUCUCGUUUUAAUCUAAACCAGGAGGGUUUAAUUUAAUAGUGCAGUGUCUUUAGUCUUUUGACUGGUGAGAUGACCUCAUAAAUAUUUUGGUCCUUUUUGUCCUACUUUGAAUUAUGUAAAUUCACUCGUGGGACUAAGUGUCCUUUAGAGCUCUGGGAUGCUGGCGUCUUGGCUUUCCAUCUCGUGGGACUGUUGUAAGGAACAAAUGAAAUGAGUUUAUUCAUGUGAAGUGAUGAAAACAGUGGCUGACAAAGUAAGCUCUCAAUAAAUGCAAAUUGUUAUCAUUCUACUGCUUCA